AUGAAAAUUUGUGUUACAGGCGCAUCAGGCUACGUUGCAGGUCAUAUCAUUCAGCAAUUGUUGCAAAGAGAUCAUUCUGUACUUGGGCUUGUUAGAGACUUGUCCAAUAAGGCUAAAUAUGAUUACUUGUUCCAACAUGUGAAAGAAGGAGGUGCCACGUUGGAAUUUGCAGAGGCCAAAAGUGAGCAAGAUUAUGAUCAGGUAUUUCAAGGCGCCAAUAUAGAUGUGGUUAUUCAUACUGCCACUCCAUACUUUUACACUGCACACGAUCCUCAAAAAGAAAUUGUUAAGCCUGCCAUCGCAUUAGUGAAAGGAGUGAUUGAAAGUGCCAUCAAGCACAAAGUCAAACGCGUUGUCUUCACAAGCAGUUGUGGUACCAUUUUGAAUUUUCCCAUUCCUGCAAAUUCAGUGGUCACAUGUCAAGACUGGAACACCACAAGCACUCUCACCAACAAUCCUUACUUUUACUCCAAAGUUCUUGCCGAGAAGACAGCAUGGAAUUUAUUCAAGGAGCAUCAAGAUAUGUUUGAAUUGGUGGUUGUGAAUCCAUCCUAUGUGUUGGGACCACUACCAUCCUCUUUUUUGAACACAAGUAUGACCAAUUUUAAAAGAUAUCUGUUAGGUGAGAAUGAGCAAAUUCAAACCCUCACUUUGGGUGUGGUGGAUGUACGGGAUGUUGCAUGGGGUCAUGUCAUAGCCGCUGAAAGUGAACAUGCUGUGGGAAAGAGAUUAAUUUGCAAUGGUACUGUGACUUCCUUUGCAGAACUCGUUCACCUUAUUCAGAAAAAGUUCCCUCAAUAUGGCGUCAGCAAGUAUAAGGUUGAUGAAUUACAAGCUCAUUCGAACAAGUUUCGUAUUGAUACCCAACCAUUGGCUGAGCUUGGUUUGAAACAGUAUCGUUCGCUUGAGCAAACUAUUGAGGAAGGCGUUCAGUCCUUGUUUGACUUUGGUCUUGUUGAAAAGUUGUAA